GUUUGUAUUAUUUAGGUGAAUCACACAAGAUACCUCUUUUUGGAAAUCUAAAUACUUUCCGUCAGACGAUGAGCAUCAGCUUCACUUGCUUUAGAGUCGUUGGGACGUAAAGAACUCUUGUGUGACUUUGGCUUGAUUCCUUGCGGGGUGGGGCGGGCCUUGUCGCGCGUGCGAGGUCCGAUACCAGCUUCUUUCAGACGUUUGUAAGGGAAGGCGCAGGGAGGUGUGAAUAAGGCCAGGGAACGGGAACAGGCUAGUGUUAACUCACUCUCCCCAUGUGAAGACAGCAGCACCUGAGGAAUAUCGAGGUUCUCCAACCCCAUACGCGGCACUAGUGCACAUAGCAUAUACCAUAACAUGAAAGGAAUGUCUCAGAACAAAAUUUACAUCUCUGGCCCAGAGGUGUUUCUUCCAGAUGAAGGUGCUACUUAUUAUAAUAAGGAAGGGGAGUUUUUGACUGCAAAACAGGUAAUCCCAAUGAAUUGGUUGGAUAAUAAGGUCUCUCGGGCUCUGAACAUCCGUAACGCCGACAUUGCCCUGCUCGAAGAGUCUGAUGCUAUCAUUGCAGACCUCUCUCCUUUUCGUUCACAUGAGCCCGAUUGUGGGACUGCCUUUGAAGUCGGAUAUGCUGCAGCUCGUAGGAAGCAGAUUCUUGUUUAUACUUCCGACCUCCGCAGUAUGACGGAGAAGUAUGGCGGCACGAAAGAUGCCGACGGGCUCACCGUUGAGGAUUUCUCCCUUCCAUUCAAUUUGAUGCUGUAGGAUGGGACUCCGAUAUUCGGUUUCUUUGAAAAGGCAUUUGAGUAUUUUUGCAAAACAUCGCUGUAAAUAGGUAAAUAUUUUUGUGUUUUCUUGUUUAUUGAAAAAAAUUCAAUCUAUUUUGUAGUUUUCAAAUGCUAAAAAGGGUUGAAUGCUGUCGUUGACAUGCAGCAUCCAUCAAGUCUUAAUAUAGUGAUUAAUGUUGAACAAAUAGCGUAAGGAAUUCAAUAGCGUUUUAUUCUUUAAAGCGAUACCUGUAUUUUUCCUUAGUCAUGUGGAAGUAAAAAUAAGAGAGCUGCCGUGUUUUCCUACAAUU